UCCGUGUCAGUUGCGGGCCGGUAAUGGCGGCGCUGAGCGGCCGCUGACGGGCCGCGCACCGGGCUCGGGCCGCCCUCCCUCCGCCCGCCCUCCGCGGGAUGUGCCGCGACCCGCCGCCGGCGCAGCGGGCGUCCACCAGGUAAAUUGCCACGAUGUGGAGCAGCAAGUCUAAUGAGGUGCCUCUACAAAAUCCGAGGCAUAACCAAAGCAAGGAUUCUACCAGAGACCUAACUGCAGCAUGGGCUUCUUUUUCUCAGACUAAGGCUGCUCUACGUCAUAUAGAGAACAAAUUGGAAAUAGCUCCCAGCAGCACGGCUGUGUUCGAUUCAGUCAUGGAUGCCAAGAAGCCCUCUCCUAGUGCCAGCAGGAAGAGCAGCAGGAAGGGUUCCCGGUCCUCCAGCCAAAAUAAAUCAAGCAAGGAGAAGUCCUCACGCAGCCCUCUUCGAGCAACCACUCUGGAAAGCAACGUAAAAAAAUGCAGUCGUGUGGAAUUUCGUGAGCCAUUGGCUUCAUACAGUUCUAGCCAGCUUGAGGCCAAGCAGCUGCUGUCGAGUUUGGAGCUGAGUGAAGCAGAAGGGAAGAGUGAACUCCCAGCUUGCCUGGCGCACGAGCGGGACGAGCGGGAUCGGCACAGCAGAGCCUUUGACAGCCCCUUCCCUUCUGCUGCAGAGGAGACCAUCGUGAGGUACCUGAAUGACCGACCAACAAUCAAUGCCUUGCAGAGUAACGAGCCAUUUCCUAGGCUUGCAGCACUUUCAAGACUGGAAGAAGAAAAAAACAGUGGCUCCAGGGGAGAUGAAAGUAGCUCUAGGGCUUCUCAGAGUAUCACAUCCCAGGACAGUGAACUGAAAGUGUCUUCCCCUUCUGCCACGAGUAUUUGCAGUGCUCAUAGGCUGGAAAUCCUGAAGCAGCGGCAGCACGAUGCCAAGUUGGAGAAGCUGAAGGAGAGGAUCCGAAAGCAGUGGGAGCAUUCUGAGGAGCUCAGUGGCAGAGGGCAGCACGUGGGGUAUGCUGAGCAACCUGUUGUGGUCACUAACAUGGAGAACACGGUGACUCCCAAGGUCAGGAAGGUGACAGCCGUGUCUGCUGCUCCAUCAUACAGAGGUUUCAAUCCUGCUGAAACAAGGAUUCGCGCUCCAGAUGGAAAGAUCUGGCAUGCAGACGAGUUUCGUAUUGGUCGGGAGCUUUACAGAGAUAUUGCACUCCAGUUAAAAGAGGAUUCCACAGUGAAAGGAAAAUCUAGUGAGCGAAACAAAGAGAAGAAAGCUGCAAGACCAGUGCGGAAGGUGCAAAAACUGACACGAUUGUCAAGUCCAGAGUCCAAACAAGGUGGAAACUAUGUGAUAAGUGCAUCCUCCUGGCGGGAGGGACAAAAGCUGGUAAAAAAGAUCCUGGGUCCAGCUCCCAGAAUAGAACAGGACAGGAGAGCUGUAUCCAGUGACAGAACAGGCCGAGAGAGAGCUGCCAAGUCUGCAGGCUGCAUUGGAAGGACAGGUUCUGAUUCUAGAUUGGAUGUUACCCGUAAAAGCUCUUCAAGAAGUUCUGAAAGGUCAAGAAGUAAAGUACGGUCUGAGACCAAUGUGAGAACACUGGAAGCUGCUCUUCCAGGUGAUAACCAAGAAGAUCAUGCCUCUGUAAACAAGGAUUUCCUGCCCGUGGAGAUACGUGGAAUUCUUGAUGACCUGCAGUUGGAUUCCAUGAGUACAAAGCAAGAGACAGAUGUGGAAAAACAGAAUCAGAAAUGUGUUUUGCCUACUCAAACUCAGAGGAGCCACAGCCCGACCAAAAGGAAACCGGACAAGGUAGCGGCCGGUGAGGAGCCUCAGGUGAUCUCUAAGAAACGCCACUAUGACAGUGAUGAGGUUCGGCAGUACAUCAUCAGGCAGCAGGAGGAGAGGAAGAAGAAGCAGAAUGAAGAGAAGAAAGCACAAAAGGAGGCAACAGAGCAGAAGAACAAAAGGCUCCAAGAGCUCUACAGAAAGCAGAAGGAGGCUGUUACUAAAGUGAAGAAUGUGCCUCCUCCUGAGCCUUCAGCAGCCAAACGGUUACAGGAAACCUAUUCCAAAUUCUUGCUGGAACGAACACUUUUAGAAGAGCCACCUCAGCUGCCUACGGUGCAGGAAACACAGCCCAGACCUGGUUAUCAACCAUCUGGGGAAUCUGACAAAGAAAACAAGGCUCAAGAGCGUCCUCCGAGUGCAUCUUCUAGCAGUGACAUGUCCCUUUCAGAACCACAGCUGCCGCUUCUGAGGAGCGACCUGAUGGAGCCUCCAUGGGUACAGCCAGACAGGUUGAGCCCAAGAGUCCAGCUCCCCCACCCACAAGCUCUCUUGGGCUCAAGUGGAGGUCCUUGUUCCCAGCACUGGAGUUUGGAGCAGAUGGACCUUCUGUCAAAGGAGUGUGAUGCGAUGUUGGCAGGCAGGAGGAGCCAUUCUGCCCCCGUGGGGUCCCUGAUGCCUCAGUUGUACCUGAAUUCAUCUGCUGCACAGGAAAACCUCUUGGUAAAACCUUCUGCCAGCCAGUAUAAGAGCAAAUUAGAUCGCCUUGAAGCUUUGAAAGCUACAGCUGCUUCCCUUUCUAGCAGGAUUGAAACUGAAGCCAAAAAGUUGGCUGGUGCUGGUAUCAACUAUGGAGCCACGUGGAACUCAGAAUUUGUGCAAGAAAACCAGGAUGAGGGACGGUGGGCAAAGGCUGUGAGUCCUCCUGUGAGGGAGGAAAACGAAAAUACUUUUUCAGCCAGAAUUCAAAGGAUGUUGGGUGCCUGUGUGUCUCAUACAGCCUUUGAUGACAGCCUUCCUGGGGUAGGCAACCUUAGUGAGUUUAAAAAACUCCCUGAGACCAUCAGACCAAUUACUGAUGUAAUCAGCCUUGGAUUGAGGUCUCCUGCUGCCAACAGGCAUGAAGGGAUCCUGGGACAUUUAUCCAAGAGGCAGAUGGACUCCCCAGGGCGCGAGAACCAGGCAUAUCCUCUGAGCAAAGCCGUUACUCCUCACGAGUCCAGCAUUGACUCCAUCAGCGAAGGGCCUCUCCUGAGUGAUGAAAACCUCUCAGAAGAGGAAGGAGACCAGCACAAGCAGCUGCCACUGAAGAUGUUGGAGACAUUAAAAGAGAAGGACUUUUGCAUUCGGGAGAGAAAUGCUUUUGAGCCCAUAAAGGAGUUUCAGAAAGCAGCUGAGAGGUACUCCCCACUUUUCACUCAGACAAGUGACGCACACAGCAAGGGGCCCUGGGAGGAGCUGGCCAAGGGAAGUCCCCACAGUGUCAUCAACAUCUUUGCAAAGAAUUACCAACUUCAUGGAAAAGUGUUUGAAGAAAGGCUGACCGAUGGCUCUGCCCCCCUGCGCCCUCUGCUCCCUGCCAUGAGCCCUCCAGAGAGCGUGGCUUCUUACGAGGAUGACUUUGCCUCAUCGCAGGGGAGCAGCACUUUAACAGACAAGAAGAUUUCACGUGACCUCAGUGUGCUCCUUUCUAGCGUUGGUGGCAGCAGUAAUUCAAGCAUUCAGGAAGAAAUUCCCAGUAGGAAGUCUCCCCUUGAGCCUCGCUCUGUGGAUCUCGGUUCUCAGCACUCGUCUGCACCCCGCUCUGCAGCAUCUUCCCGCUCAUCUGCUUCCUCCAAAAAGAGGGGCAAAAAGGAAAGGUUGGAUGCUUUCAAUGGAAGCUCUCACCACUUUUCUGUGGAAGAAGAUAAAAUACUGUCUGAAUUAGAGAGGGGAUCCCAGCAGGCUAAGAAAUCCUUAUUGAGUAGCAGAAUUUCUAAUAAAGAGCAUGAGCAGAACCCAGAUACAGACAGCACUCUGGAAAACUUGUCUGGACACUCCCUGAUGAGUUUCUCAGACAAAGGGAGACCCCAGAAGACACCAACUUCUUCCCCGUCUUCUGGCUCCCAGAAAAUGUUGCAGUUGGAUUCUGCAGGCAAUACAGCAGAAAGAGUCAAGUCACCUGCUGGCUUUUCUGGAGGUGCAGCCCCAGGGCUGAAGCCAAACGUGGCCUUCCCUGACGCGGGCCUGGGAACCGGCAGGCCUGCAGCAGGAGCAGCCUCAACGAGCGGGUGCAUGCGCUUCUCCCCCGCGGGGCUGCAGCACCGUCUGUCAGCGGAGCUGAGCUACCUGAGCGCUCUCGAGGAGUCCGUGCGGCAGCUCUCGGAUCUGGAGCGGGUACGAGGCAUUUCCCUCGCCCAGCAGGAGAGUGUUUCUUUGGCUCAGAUUCUCAAGGCACAACAGCAGCGCCAUGAGCGGGACUUGGCUCUUUGGAAAAUCAAGGCUGAACAAGAAGCUCUAGAAUGUCAGAGACAACUGGAAGAGGCAAGGCAGAAGGCAGCUCAGGUCCAUGCAGAGUCACUGCAGCAGCUGGUGCAGUCACGGCAGGAGGCUGGGCAGGAGCCCCCGUGCAAGGCUGCAGCCAAACAGGCAGAACCUGCCCUGCUCUCUACAGAUGCAACUCACCAGCUCCGUGAGAAGCAUUUUGAUGCUGAUAAGCUCACUGUGUUGCCAUGUUUUUGCUGUACUCAGAUGACAGAGUUAGCACGGGACACUGUCAGUGCCCCGGCUGCUCCAGGCUCCGCCUUGCUCGACCACCAGCGGCAGCACCAUUCAGAGUUCAUGAAGCAGCUGAGGACCCGAGCUGAUACAAACAGGAAAUGUGAGUCUGGUGCCAUACCACAAGGUAAAGAGGAGACAGGUGACUCAAAACAGAUGUACUCACCAAUGUUUGAUAGUUACUCUGAGUCCUCGAGGUCAAAGGUUCAUGAUCAGAGUAGUACCAGCAGCCGCCAGGAGAGCCCUUCAGUUCCAUCCUCUAAGGAGAAUGAGAAAAAACUUUCCCGUCAUGAGAAGACAGCCAGCAGUAUUGAAGAGCAGGCUCAGACUGCUGCAGAUGAUUCCUUGCCCAGUGACAGUGUUUUGUCCCUGCCAGAUGAAAAAGAUUCUGCUUCCGUUGCAACAGAGUAUUCCCUGAAAUUUGAUGAGUCCAUGACAGAGGAUGAGAUUGAAGAAAAAUCUUUUCGGUCUUUGCUGCCCUCUGAGAGUCAUCGCAGAAAUAAUCUGGAGAAGAAGCGGGGCAGUCGUGAUGAUUCUGAUGAGGAGGUGUCCCCAGACAAAACAGCUCUGUCAUCUAUCAAGGAGCUAAGCAUGCCGUUCUCAGGGGGGCAAGACAGUUUCUCCAAGUUUACCAUGGAGAUGGUAAGACAGUACAUGAAGGAGGAGGAAAUGCGAGCAGCUCACCAGUCCUCACUCCUCCGGCUCCGGGAGAAGGCUCUCAAAGAGAAGACCAAGGCUGAGCUGGCAUGGCUGGAACACCAGAAAAAGCAUUUGCGAGACAAAGGAGAGGAUGAUAAGAUGCCUCCAAUUCGAAAGAGGCAGCGUGGUCUGCUGCUGAGAUUACAGCAGGAAAAGGCAGAAAUCAAACGUCUCCAGGAGGCAAACAAGGCUGCUCGGAAGGAGAGGCAGCUCAUCCUUAAACAGCAGGCGGAAAUCGAGCGAAUCCGUCACACUACGAUGAAGCUGCAGGAAAAACUGAAGUCUGCAGGAGAAAACAAGCUGGAGCUUCCCAGUGAGGAUGACAUCAAGCAGAGCAAUGGUUCCAGCCCACUUCCAACUGAUGCAGAAACACGCAGCCCUUCCCCAAUCUCCAUCUCCAGCAGUGAGACCAGCAGCAUUAUGCAGAAACUUAAAAAAAUGCGCAGCAGAAUGGAUGAAAAACACUGCUCUCCUGUUCACUACUUCUUCUCUGUCUUUACGUCUCACCACUGGGCCUCUCUCAGUGUCUGUUUUCCCAACCUCCACCCCAAAUUCCAGCUGUAUAUCUACAACCAAUUGGUCAGGUUCCUGACCAAGCGGGAGCAGAAGCUGAUGCAGCGCCGACAGCACGCGGAGGAACUGCUGGAGUGGAAACGGCGCCUGGAUGCCGAGGAGGCAGAAAUACGGAGGAUGGAAAAGCAAGCUCUGGCUGCCUGGGACAAAGAGCUGCUCAAAAGCAAGAUAGCCAAGAAAGAGCUGGGGGAUCAGAGAGCUGAGCCCAAAGAAACAGCUAGUGAGGAAGAGUCUCCAGUGCCUUCUUGUUCUCAUCUGAAUAGUGAAAGCUCUAUUCCAGAAGAUCUUGGCAGUCUGGCUGCUGAGUCUGUCCCAUCAGAGCCCAUGAGCCAUGGACAGCCAGAAAGCCCAGAUCAGAGUACAAUUAAUGAAGAAAUGGCUUAUUCUGAAGAUUUCAAGUCCUCAACAUCACCUGGCAAACUGUCUCCUCCCAAAAGCAGUGUAUCUGUGUCAAAGCAAGACUCCAGCAAAGGCAGCCACAGGACUGGAGGACAGCUACAUUCACCUGUGAAGUCCCACCAGACAUCUCACAACUGGUCUGAUGAAUCUUUAUCUAUGACACAGUCAGAAACCACCUCUGAUCAAAGUGACAUCGAAGGACGCAUCAGGGCCCUGAAGGAUGAGCUACGGAAAAGGAAAUCUGUGGUGUACCAGCUGAAAAAGGAGCAGAAAAAGAGACAAAAGGAGAGACUGAAGGCCCAGGAAGCCAGUUUGAUCAAACAGCUGGAGUCAUACGACGAGUUUAUCAAGAAGACUGAAGCAGAGCUGAGCCAAGAUCUGGAGGCAUCACCAACAGCCAAACCUCAGAUCAAAACUCCAUCCUCAGCUGCUGCUGAAAAACCUAAGAUCAAGGCACCACCACUCCAUAGGCCUGAGACAGCUAAAAACUGGAAAUCACUGACUGAGUCAGAGAGAUCCAGAGCAUCUUUGGAAUCUGUUUCAGAACAUGCAGAUGCUGUGUCAUCAAGAACCGAGAGAUCUGUGUCUGUGCACUCCAAGAAGGUGGCUGUGACAGCUGUGCAUGCAGGAGAACCUUCUGGAACCCCUUCCUUGGCUUCAGUGUUACCAAAGAGUUCCAGAGCAGGAUCUGGUGAUUCCUCAGAUAGCUCUUCAGCUCUUCUUAAAGAUAUGAAAGACAUUAGCAGGAGUCUUGAAUCAGUGAACAAAGUGGUAAAUGCAUCCAGUGCUGGUCCUAUCAUUAGCUAUAAAUCUGAGAUUACAGAAGACCUGGAAUACAUAAAGUCAGAGGAAUAUGAGAAUGGAGGUUCUGAUGUUAAGCCUGUGGAGAGUUCCGAUGUCUUGCUGACGUUAGAUGAAGGACGGGAGAGUUCACUGGAUCACUGCUCUGAAAACAAACUCUCUCAGAAGGAACUGUUAGAUGUAGCUGUGGAAAGUCUUCAUGAUACAGAAGAAAUCUUAGAACAGAGACAGUCAAAUAAAGAUGCUGUAAGUGGCCCAAGCGUAGAGGAGACUUCUCACAAACUCAGCAAAUCUGCAGAGGAGAAAGGUGAUCUGCUUUCUGAACAGCUCUUGAGUCAAAAAGAACCAUCGUACCCUGAAGACUUUGAAGAAUCUUCUUCCAGAAAACAAGCUUCAGCUGAAGAAACACUGCCUGGGGAACGCUACAGAGAUGACUUUGAGGGUUCCCUGCUCUCUGCUAACGGGAAGUCCCUGAGGGAUCAGUCCCAGCACCCCCAGUUCAGCCGGAGCAGAUCCACCAGCCUGGGCAGCGAUGGUGAAAUCAGUGAGUGCCUCAGUGACAGGUCUCUCUCUGGCAGCAUGCACUCAGAGAGACUGCUGGAACUUAAGUCCCCAACAGAACUUAUGAAAAAUGCUGAACGCAGAGAUGUGGAGCAAGAACAGGCCCCAGCUUGUUCACCACUGUGGGCCUCGGCUUCAAUCACAGAAGAAGCAGAUAGUUUGUCCAAUUUCAACAUUGGAGACAGAGUACUUGUGAGUAAAGUCCAGCCUGGAACACUGCGGUUCAAAGGGCUUACUAAAUUUGCCAAAGGGUUUUGGGCUGGUGUUGAGUUGGAUAAACCUGAAGGGAACAACAAUGGAACUUAUGAUGAUAUUAAAUAUUUUGAUUGCAGAGAAAAGCAUGGUAUUUUUGCUCCUCCUCAGAAAAUCUCUCACAUUACAGAAAGUAUCGAUAGCCACUUAGACACAAAAAAGGAUGAUGAAGACUCAUUCUUUGAUGAUAAACUGGAGAAACAACACAAAGCUGAGCAGAAAGAUAGAGAAAGUUCCAAACCUGGCAAAGAAGCUGAAAGCCAGAGCAGAAAUGCAACAGAGAACUACUCCCAGGAUAAAGCUCCUGUGGACACAGCUGUUUCAGAAGCCUCAGCUGAGGAAAGGGUUGAAGAGGAGUUGUCAUCUAAAGCAAACAGCAUAGAAGAGAUUUCUGUAGCUGCUGGUUCAUUUGCCCAAGAACAAUCAGUGGUGGAUUACCUGAAGGAUGCUGUAAAAGAGGAAGCCAGCCACACUCCUCUCACUUCUAGUGUUGUGGAUGAGAUUUCCACUGUUCAGUUGGAUGACAUGUCAGAUUUCCUUUCUGAAAAACUGGAGAGGCAGAAGACACUGGGAGAGGAAUGUGCUGAAAAGUUAGAUGAUCUCUCUCCUGGUGUCAUGGAGAAGUCUGCAACCCCACUGCUGGAUUUGCUGACAAAAGAAAAGAACCAGUUAGAAGCACAGCUCAGCCUGCCUCUUAGAGAGGAAGAAAAGUCAAAAGACCAGCUGGAAAAGGUCAGUUUGCUGACAGACAGUCUACUAAGAGAUUUUGUGAAAGACACAGUCAAUCAGUUACAGCAAAUAAAGAAGAUCAAAAAUGAGAAAAUCCAGCUCAGCAACCAGGAGCUCUGUGAUGUGAAGGAGGAAGCCACUACUCCACCCCAGCAGGUGGAAAAGCAGAUUCCAGAUGGACUGAGUAACUUCUUCCUAAGUUCUGAUUUGGAAGAUGACAGAGAAGAGCUUUCCUCUCCAGACAUGUGUCCCAGACCGGAGAGUCCCGUGUUCGGUGCCAGUGGCCAGGAGGAGCUUGCCAAGAGACUGGCAGAGCUGGAGCUCAACCGGGAGUUCCUGAGUGUGCUGGGAGAUGAUCAAGACUGGUUUGAUGAGGACUAUGGCCUGAGUUCCCGUAAGCUGCAGCAGAAGCAAGCUGAGGAGCCAGCAGUGCUGCCCCUGGCAGAGCCACAGAAAGUGCCCACCAAGCCGAGCGAGGAGCCCCUGGCGGUCCCUCACUCUGCGGUGGAGGUGGAAGGGAUGGUGCAUGCAGCAGCUGAGGAACUCUGGAAACUGAAAGAGCUGGGUCAUGAUCUUCAAAGCUGCAGCCUUAAAACAGAUCUUAGUGGUACCCUCCAAGAGCAGGACACAGACACCAUAAACAAGCAGGUUUAUAGAAAGGUGGUAUUUGAUUUAACAAGAGAGAUCUUUGGGGAAAUCUUUGCUGAAGAUCCUAAUCUGAAUCAGCCCAUUUGGAUGAAACCGUGUAGGAUUGCAUCUGCUUAUUUUCGUCGAGUCAAAGAUCCAAAUGAUCUGGAUGAAAUCAAGAACUUCAUUGCAGCUGAAGUACUGAAGUUGUUCAGCCUGAGGAAAGAGCCUAACCACAAAACAGACUGGCAGAAGAUGAUGAAAUUUGGGCGGAAGAAACGAGACCGGGUGGAUCACAUACUGGUGCAGGAACUCCACGAGGAAGAGGCGCAGUGGGUGAACUACGACGAGGAUGAGCUGUGUGUCAAGAUGCAGUUGGCAGAUGGGAUCUUCGAGGCCUUAAUCAGAGACACUCUUGAUGUACUGAACCAGAUAAACGAGAAACAGCGGAGGCUGCUGCUUGUCUGACAGUGCUGAAGUGAGCUCAGAGCUGCCAACCACGGAGUCACAGGCCUCUCUGACUCCUGACCUGCUCUCCUCCCUGCACGUGCUGCGGCUGGACUUCCACGCGUGGGGUUCCCAGGCAGUUCAGAUGGAUGAAAAGAACCUGAACUGGCUGUCAAGACCUCGCACCAGAUUUAUUGUUUGGAACAAGCUGAUCCCUCACUUGAGGUUGCUUUGAGGAGUGCUCAAGACUGUUGGUGUGCCAAUGCAGUUAUGUCACGUAACUGUCAGCAGCUGCCCGGGGCCCCGGCUUGGGGCUUUGACAUGUUUGGCUUGUUCCCUGAAAGGGUUGGGUUAAGUUGGGGUAGUGGCUUUUUGCUGGAAUGGUGGUCAGCCAUCAGUACUCAAAUUGUCUUUAGAAAUGUGAGUAAUUUGGAGAAGCAACAGUUUGGUCAGGUUUUGGUCAUAAACAGAGACUUACCAUACUGAACAGUGUUACAAUCGUAACACGUCUUCUCCUGCAGUCCUAACAAUGUGCAUCAGUUCCUUCUGCUUCAGAGCCUAUUUAAUUCACUUCUCCAUGAAGCUGGUUUUCAUCUUUCUUCUGUGAUGUGGUACUGAGCAUGAUGCCAGUCCAGUCCAGGGAAAUUAGAUCAUGUUUCUUCCUGCCUACAAGUAAAGAAUUCUUGCUGCUUUGCUCUGAGGCAGAGCAAGAUGAAGCCUGCCUAAUGUCAAGCAUGAAAGAUGAGCCCGUGGAUGACUUUCCUCCUACCGUGUAGCACUUCUCUUCCUGGAGCACCAGCUGCUCCCAGAUAAUGGAUACUCAGGAUUUUCUCAGGCACGAGACAUGCAGGAGUGGAAAACAUUUCCUCACAAAAAUUUGGCCUUCAAUCCCUCAGCUUUCUCCCUUACUGUCACCUAAUGAAAUUGGAGAAGCUGUUACUUGAACAAUUUAGAGAACAGAGUGUAUUCACCAAAGAAAGCGGUGUCUGGUGCUUGACUGGUCUGCAUGUUUUGUGCUUGUGGGUUUUUUAUUUAUUUUCAGAUAAUUUAUUAAGUGGAUUACAGGAGAGUGUCCUGUGCAGUUGGCUGCACUGUCUUGUGUUUUGAGACAGACGAACUUGAGAGAGCAUCUGGUUUGGAAACUUCCAGAGCCCCAUAUUCUUUGCAUAAAACCUCCAGCUUCAUGAGGCAGAUAUGAGGGGGUGAAGGUAGGAGCAACCAAACCUCAAUGACCAAGGGUGGGACGCAAAGACAGGUCUAGGAGUGGAGCUUGGAAACCGAAGCACUUGGUUCAGAGACAAUGGAGAGCUGAGGGGGCUGAGCUGAAAAAUUGUUUGAAAAUUCCCAGCUCUUUCUGUUCCCUUCCUUUCCCAGAACUUCUGCACCAUAUUAUGUGGUUGAUUUUGGUUGAUUUGGCUGGAUUUAUCUGCAGUGUCAUUCUGCUGAGUGCUGGUUCCUGACCUGUUCUUCCUGUUCUUGUGUUUUUCUUGGAGGAACAUGGAAAAUCUGGGGUCAAACGUUGAUGCCUUAAUAGUGGAUGUCUCUGUUUGCUAACCUGGGACAAGACCCAGAGGAAAGUCAGAUUCUCCAGGCACUGGAGUAUAGAGAGAGACUUUGAAGCCCUCAGAGGUGCCCCAAAGAUGCUUCAGCCCACAACAGGCAUGGCAGGGGGCAUCUCAACUGUUUCAUUCAUCUGCUUGGUUCUUGGGCUUCCUACUGGGCAUACCUCUUCUACUGCUCCAGUUUGGUUUCUCUUUUCCACCUUCUUUUUUUUUUUUUUUUUGUUGGGUGUAAUAUUAUUUGGGAUUUUUUUGAAAGCUAUCAUUGGAAUAUUUGCAUUUUGCACAAUGACACACAGCUGGUAAUUCUUCAGGGACAGCACUGGGAAAUGUUGGAUUUGCCAGAGGUCCAUACAGAUUCUCAGAUGUAGUGUUGCCAGCACCUCACUUAUGAGUUAGUGGUGAGCCGUAUCCAUGGGAGCUCUGUGAGUGGAAGAACAAGGAGGAGGUAAUGGUGGAUAGGGACACCUCCAGUGGGCAUACACAUCUGUCCUCAGUAGUGGUCCCUUUGGCUGGCUGGAAGUCAAAUGGUCUUGGUGGAGCAUUGUUCAGCUUUUUUUCCUCAAGUGAUUCAUUUGUUCAUGUAAAAUGUCAUGAUGCUGAACCAGGAAACCCUUGGAUGUUUAAGACAGAAGCAAACUAAAGCUGCUAGAUUUAACCAGCAUGGUGUCACUGAUUGGGUCACCACCUCAGAUUCCCUUUCCUGGGUGUAUCUCUUUCAAUAGCAAGGAUUGCUAUUUUUAUAGGUAGCAAUUAUGUAAAGAGGACGGAAACCUGCAGAGUUGGUAUGUACCUGGAGCAUCAGGUCAGGUUCUGUUCUGUAGAUUCUGUGGCCAAUGUUGAGGAGGUUGUCCUGCAUCCCCAGGGCUUUUUGCUGUUCUGAGGGGCUCGUGGGGUGUUUCUGGUCUGUCCAGCAGGAGUGGGAAGGUUGUGCAGUCAGGCCUCACAGGGCAUGGAGGCCUUUUGGAGAUCAUGUGCCUGUUGUCUUUUGGCUGUAGUACCCUCCACAGAAGCACUAACUGUUUUUAACAGGUGUUUGGACAGAAGGAAGCUGUGUCUAGGUAAUGGCUUUGUUCCUUUGACAUCACUGAUUUAUUUUUGGUAGCAAUCCUUGCUAGGAGCAACCCUAAAAUGACUUGAACGUACGUGAAUUACCUUCUCAAUACCUCACGUGUGUUGAGUUGCUUUGAGUUGAGUGUAUGUUCAAAACCUCAAGUGGGUUGAGUACUUGUGGACUGAUGAUUACUGCGACGAAGCAAGGGUCAGGCUGGGUCAGGCUGCUAGUGAGGAGAUAUGGGGAAGCCUGGGGUCCCACAAACAGGCUGAAUUCUCUGCUUCUCUCCCCAACCUGCCUUUGUAAGAGCAAGAUAUUUCUGCAUCCUGGUUAUCUCGGUGCAACCACGUAAGAUUCAAGGCUGGGACAUUUUGCUGAGACCCCUGAGUUGUUUGGGGCAGCAGCUGUUAUCACUGGGGACAUGCUGCUCCAUCUUUGGAAGGAUCUCAGAGCCAGGUGGGAAAGCCCAGGCUUGUGGGAACACGGAGUGCACGUACCUCUGUAACAGCAGGAUGCUCUGUGAGCUGAGCCCUGGAAUAUCAGUCUUCUGCCUUUCAGAGAAGGCUUGUUGCUCACAAGGUGGAAUGAGGGAUUGAAAAAUCCCAUCUUGUUCCUUUUCCUUUCUUGAAAAAGUGGCCUUAGCUUUUUGCAAUACUUGAAUAAGUGUGUACCUGCAGAAGUAGCACAGUGACAGAGACCUUUUAAGUGACUAUUCUGCGAGGAACUGUGUGCAGUUCCAACUUUCAUAUCUCUUUGCUACCUUAAGAAUAUUAGGAAAACAAAGUACUUUUCAGCAGACAAGCAGUUGAAUCUUACAAGGUAUUUAGUGCAUCUGAAGUGUUUACAAACCAACUAAAAUGGAGAAAAACAACCUAUUGAACUUAUUUGUAAUUUAAGUGUUAAAUGCGAAAUUAUAUACAGAUGAAAAAGGAAUACUGUAAUUAACCUGCAUUUACUAGGGGGUUUUUUUCCUUGAUUUUGCAGAGCCUUUUGAUACACAUUUGCAAAGCCGCCUUUUGGGAGGCUCAGUCUCCCCAUGUACUGUGUUGUGGAGAUGCUGAAAAGAAACCCAUUUACUGUGUAUGUGUAAAUAACCUGGUAACUUGGGGUUUGGGCCAGUUUCAGCUCGUGUUCACAUCCACAGCAGCUUUGCACAGUAGACAGAUCCAAGGAUGUGGAGGGGUUGGGGAGGUUUUUUGUAAUUAAGAACUGUAAAAUAACCAGGAUGGUCCCUGUGUACACCAGUGUAAAUAUCUUUGGUAACUGAAAUGUACUUUAAGAGAACAAAUUCUGUAAAUAAACUGAUUUAUAAAUUAA